AGUACGCUUUCGCUUCCGCAGGAAAUCUGCACAGACGAAGCAAAGAACACGGCACUAUGUUUUUCAAGAGGACCACCAUACUGCAGCGACCCUAUCAACAGGUGGCGUUCUCAAAGCGGACGCAGGGGGGCGGUGUCAACGUGAACAAAGGCGCGUUGACGAAGCACGAGUUGGGAGACAGCUUCACGGAGCCGGGGGUGUAUCGCAACAGGUCAAACGUCACGGCGGUGCUGAAGACGCACAGGAAGGAGCGCCGCCUCCUUAACGAGGAGCACCAGCGCAACUUAAUGGAGACGUUGAAGCUGGAUGCGAACACCGAAGAGGCGCUGCGCAGCGGUCGUCGACUGCCGCAAACCGCUGCGGAGAUGCAGGCGGUUCGCUCGUCUGACGACGCGGUCGCUGCCGCCGCCAGCGAUACGGGAGACUACAGCACCACGAUGCGCAACCUGAUGCGGCGCGAGGUGGACCGUCGCGACCACGUGGCGGACAAAUUCGCCCAGCCGCCGACCUCACGUGAGUUCUAUCAGCUUUUUCGCCGGCUGCGGGCCAACGACGACGACGAGGAGACGAUUGAGGCGCACCACAAGCGGCUGGUGGAGGAGCACGGCGUGUACCCGACAUCGCGGAUGGACGCGUUUAUGCUGGAUGAUGACACGUACUUCCCCGAUUGGGUGCACGCGUUGCCCUACAACAUUCGCGACCGCGUGAAGUACGGCUCGCUCGGCUUGACGGAGGAGGACGAGGCGCUGCGCGUGCGCCUGGCCCGAAUGCCGCGUGAUGCGCGACUGCGAGACUGGACGCGCCUGAAAAAGGCGAAGGAAUACCGCGCCGCAGCUGAGGAGACGCUGACGUUGGCCGAACUGCGCGACAUCCGUCAGGGCAAACGGCGCUUCCACUGGCUGCAGCGCAAGCGGCAAAAGCGUGCCGCGACGCUGCGGCGCAUGGCGAUGCGGAAGCCGGAAGGCUACGAGCAGUGGCCAUCCUCCGUCACGGAUUUCAGCCAACGUAUCGCCUUUAUUGCCCAGCACGUGGAGAACGGACUGCAGACGCGCGGGCAGUGGCCGCUGAGUCAGGAUGCCCUCACCAAGGCAAAGAUACAGCGUCGCCAGGAUGAGGCGCAGCGCACCUUCUUGAUGACGGCGGAGGAGAAGAAGCUGUCGCGCACCGCCGGGAGUGGCGGCAACAUGCACGGCGGAAUGCACGAACUCCUGCAUGCUUUGGACAGUCCUGAAAAGCGGUACAAGAGGCUCUCUCGCAAAGCCUACGCGAAUCGGGUCAACGCCAUCGUCCACGGCGACCAGGACGAACACGGGCGGAAGUACCGCAAGCUGCACAACUUAGCCACCCGCCGUGCCCGCCCCUACGACUCACUCGCUGAAAUGGCACUAGAGAAGGAGGUGCGCAAGGAGCCGCUCGUCAACGUCAGCGGUCUCCAUCACACCGACGACGAGCACUGGGGCCAGCACCAGAAGUCGUGGGUAGAUGGAAUGCCCUCUACGCGCUACGGCACGUAA